CUUCUUCACUUCUCUACUCCCUCGCCUUCUCUUUUCACAUCCAGAACAGCACCGUCUGCCUUCAAGAUGGCUUCUGCUAUGCGCCUCGGCUCUUCCGCUCUGAGGACCUCUCUGAGGACCUCUGCCUUCCGACCUACCUCCUUCAACACCGUCCGCUGCUACAGCGCGAAGACACAGACCCUGAAGGAGCGUUUCGCCGAGCUUCUGCCCGAGAAGAUCGAGGAAAUCAAGGCCCUCCGCAAGGAGAAUGGCUCCAAGGUUGUCGACAAGGUGACCCUCGACCAGGUCUACGGUGGUGCCCGUGGCAUCAAGUGCCUGGUCUGGGAGGGUUCUGUCCUCGACUCCGAGGAGGGCAUCCGCUUCCGUGGCAAGACCAUUCCCGAGUGCCAGGAGCUCCUCCCCAAGGCUCCCGGUGGCAAGGAGCCCCUGCCUGAGGGUCUUUUCUGGCUCCUCCUGACCGGCGAGGUCCCCACCGAGCAACAGGUCCGCGACCUGUCCGCCGAGUGGGCCGCCCGCUCUGAUGUGCCCAAGUUCGUCGAGGAGCUCAUCGACCGCUGCCCCUCGGACCUGCACCCCAUGGCCCAGUUCUCUCUCGCCGUCACCGCCCUCGAGCACACCUCGUCGUUCGCCAAGGCCUACGCCAAGGGCAUCAACAAGAAGGAAUACUGGAGCCACACCUUUGAGGACUCUAUGGACCUGAUCGCGAAGCUGCCCACCAUCGCCGCUCGCAUCUACCAGAACGUCUUCAAGGGCGGCAAGGUUGCCGCCGUCCAGAAGGACAAGGACUACUCGUUCAACUUCGCCAACCAGCUGGGCUUCGGCAACAACACCGACUUCAUCGAGCUGCUGCGUCUUUACCUGACCAUCCACACCGACCACGAGGGUGGCAACGUCAGCGCCCACACCACUCACCUGGUUGGCAGCGCCCUCAGCUCCCCCUUCCUGUCCGUCUCCGCCGGUCUUCAGGGUCUGGCUGGUCCCCUGCACGGCCUAGCCAACCAGGAGGUGCUGAACUGGCUCACCGAGAUGAAGAAGGCUAUUGGUGAUGACCUGAGCGACAAAGCCAUCACUGACUACCUGUGGUCCACCCUGAACGCCGGCCGUGUAGUCCCCGGCUACGGCCACGCUGUGCUCCGCAAGACCGACCCUCGCUACAUGGCGCAGCGCAAGUUCGCCCAGGAGAAGAUGCCCGAGGACCCCAUGUUCCAGCUGGUCAGCCAGGUGUACAAGAUCGCCCCCGGCGUCCUGACCGAGCACGGCAAGACCAAGAACCCCUACCCCAACGUCGAUGCCCACUCCGGUGUCCUGCUUCAGUACUACGGUCUGACCGAGGCCAACUACUACACUGUCCUGUUCGGUGUGUCCCGCGCCAUCGGUGUCCUGCCCCAGCUGAUCAUCGACCGCGCCGUCGGCGCCCCCAUCGAGAGACCCAAGUCCUUCUCCACCGAGAAGUGGAUCGAGAUUUGCAAGAAGCUCUAAGCCGACUGCGAAAAAAAGUUUCAGGAGACGAGAAGAUACACUGGCAUUUUCAGUUAAGACAAAGGACAUCUCUACUACACAGCACACAGCACACCAGGGGCACGAAGGAAUUCGGAUAGACUUUUCUUUUGAAUUGAGGGAUGCUAGGAAAAAUUUACAGGUGCGCGACUGGUGGGGAGGUUAGACCUGAUGGAGAGCGAAAUACCCCGUCACUCGUGGCGCUUGUACAUUAUGAAACUCUUGUAUCCCAGGAGCGAAGGAAAAAUAUGAAAUAAAAUGUAAG